AUGGCAGUUAGUUUUCGACCAGACCCAGCGAUCGCCGGAAUUCGCAGAAACAACGUUCAAAGGGGGGAGCAGUCCAGUGCAAUGGAGGUUGAUGGUGAAGGCGAGGAGACAGUGGUUGGGGGUAAAGAUGGUUACCGAAUCUGCUCCGACUCGUCGAUACGCGAUGCAGCUACAUCAGGCCCACGACGUCGCCGACUGCUCUUAUCAACGGACAGCGCCUUCGCCGAUACAUUGCUCCCUUCACUCGUUCAUAAUCCCCACAUCGAGUUGCGCUUGAUUACCGACGAACCCUCCGCACUGCUCGCAGGCACGAACAAGAUUCCUCACUACAUGGAUACGGUCGAUAGUACAACAUUCGAUAAGAAAACUGGUGCUAGGAAAUGGCUCAAGGCCAAAACAGCUGAUCUGUGCGAGUGGGCUGAUAUGUUACUGGUUGCUCCGAUUGAUGCUGGCGCUCUCGGUUCGAUGUUGGCGGGGUUGACCAAUACUUUGACUUUGGGACUUUUGCGCGGCUGGGUAUCGACAAAGCCUGUUGUUCUUAUUCCCGGAAUGACUGUUUCGGAAUGGGAUAAUCCGUUGACGACUCGCCAACUUGAGGAGAUUCGUCGGUUUUGGAAGUGGAUUCGCAUAGUGAGGCCAGUUUUGUGGAAAUCCAAUGGGCCUGAGGAUCUGACCCCCUUGCCGUGGCAUGGACUGAAAGAUUUACAUGAGACACUUGAAAAGACUUUGGGCUUGCCUUCGUGGGAUGCUUCGCUAUCUGCUGCGUCCACGGGAAACGGCAAAUCGACCGCGACGCAGUCAUCCUCAAAAGCGUCACUUACAACUACUGCUUCGGGGAGUAACACUGUAUCAGCCUUGCGACAGCUCCAAACCCACUGGCCGAACCCAGAAAUGAAAGUACGAUCUCUGCCUCUUGAAAUGUGGCUCAAUAUCUUCGAAGACCAGUUAGGAGAUUGGGAAACUGCCAAGGCUGUAGGAAUCCCAAACAACCUCCACGUUCCUCAAGAAUGGCAGAGCCAUUUGCUGAAGAUGUCCACCCCUGCUUCUCUUGAAUACACCAUUCUUCGCGGCUCUUUUGCAGCUAUCAAGAAACGAAUUGACGCCCUUCCACGAUGGAAGCCUCUAUCCGACCUAGCUUGCCAUCUCAUUGUGAAAUUCUCUCGAACCGACAUUCUUUCCUACCUCACCGAGAACCAUCUCGACCUCCUGUGGACAACAUCUCGUUUAACAAAUAUCCCGUAUCGUGCCUCUGCAAUCUAUGGCAAUCCAACAGUCUUGACCUGGUGGCGUGAUGCGCCUGCGCUCCCUAACAAAGAAUACAUGGCCGAUGCCAUGGACGGAGCAUCGCGAGCUGGAUUUCUCCACGUACUAGACUGGUGGCUUUCUUCCGGCCUCUCACUCAAGUAUAGUGAACGUGCUCUCGAAUCAGCAAGUGCCGAGGGCCGUGUCGCUGUACUUGAUUGGUGGAGAGCAGCUUCAGCCAAGGCUCCACGCAACAAGCCCCUCCCUAUGAAGGUCGGCAAGUCGGUUCUCCUUGCGGCACAAUCCGGUCGCACUGCAUCGAUAGCAUGGUGGGAUGCAUCAGGUAUUCCAUACAGUCAUGCUGAAAAUGUCGCCCGCAUCGCCAGUACCCACGGCCAUGUACAUGUCCUUGACUUUUGGUACAGACUCAAGGGUCCAAAGAUGAUCUUCGACAAUCAAGUUCUAGUCGGACCAACGAAGAACGGCCACGACCACGUUCUGCAGUGGUGGAAAGACUGUGGGCUUCGUGUUGAAUUCAAAACUUGCGAUAUUGAGGAGGCUCUUGAAGAUGCUGUUUCUGGUGCUGAUGAGCGCGUUCGAAGCUGGUGGGAACGAAAUGGUCUCAAUUUAGGCGUUGGGACAAGAGAAUGGAUGAAGCCUAAGGUGCUUUAA